AUGGCAGAAUUACCCCAGGGACCAUGGCAAGAUAUCGCUAUAGAUUUCAUGGGUCCAUUGCCGUCGGGAGAUUAUGUAUUUGUUGCAACCGAUUGCUACAGUCGAUACGUAGAGGUGACUAUUGCGAAAAGAAAUACAGCUGAAUUUGCGAUUAAAAGUUUGGAAAACAUGUUUGCAGCCCAUGGACUACCGUGGACAGUGACAAGUGAUAAUGGUCCUCAUUUCGUUGCAGAGACGUUCGAAUCAUUCCUGCAAGAGAAUGGAAUUGAACAUCGGAAGACAACGCCGUUGUGGCCCCAAGCAAACGGUAAGAUCGAACGCCAGAACAGAUCUCUACUCAAGAGGAUGCAAAUAGCAAGAGUGGAAGGACAAGAUUGGAGGAAAGCAGUGCAAACGUACCUGAUUGCUUAUCGAAAUACACCUCAUCCAACGACAGGGAUGUGUCCUGCUGAAUUGAUGUUCAGAAGAAAACUGAGAACUAAACUUGGAUGA